AUGACGAUGUGGACAACUACGGUUUCCUCCCCCCAGCUGGCCACUAUGACGUCACGGUCCGACAUGGUACUGAUCACAAUCGUCAGCCAGGAAGUCAGCGAUUGGGUCAAGGUGAUCAUGAGCGUCUGGGUCUGCUCCAUCCUCUCAGCACUGGGUGUCACCACUAACGCUCUCGUCAUCGCCGUAUUUGCCAAACAAGGUUUCAAAGACAAUAUCUCCAUCUCUAUGACUGCUAUAGCCGUUUGGGACUUUCUAAAGUGUGUCUGCUGUCUCAUUGGCCGGUUAUACUGGGUCAUGGGGCUAGAGGAUCCAACCUUAGGGCAGAUGUGGGCAGAUGUGACUUCAAUUUUACUGAGCUACUUACACAGUUUCGUGGGCUUCGUGUCUUGUGCUCUGGCAGCCUACGUGUCUACGGAGAGAUGUUUGUGCGUGAGCAUGCCCUUUAAGGUCAAGGACAUAUUCACUAGAAAAUUUACCGUUGUAAUGAUGGUUGUCAUUUCUACAAUUGUCCUUGGCUCUUUAAUGGUGGCGUUCCCAUUAUGGGAAAUCAGGGUUAACUUUGACCACGGCCGUAACACAAGCAAGACAACGUUGGCCUUCAGCGAUUUCCACCGGCGUUACGGUGCAUCCGUACUCCUGUACUACAACAUUAUGAAGUUGGACAAGUUGGAACUCGGCCUCCCAGAAUUACUGGAGACCUUUCUGCAGGGACAAAGUUGA